UUACUUGGCUUCAGAGUCUUUCGUUCUAAAAUAAUGGCGGGAUUUAAAAAAUAAAUAAAUACGAUAAAAUACUGGUACGCCAGACACGUCAUUUCUUAAUAUAUAUUUUCUUUUUCUGAAUUUCUUUACGUUUCCUAAAACUCUCAAUAUAAUUAUUAUGUCAAAAUUCUAGCACUACAUUUAAUUAAAAAUAUGAAAAUAGCCUGCUUUUUUCAGGGACCAUGAUAAAGAAAUAAUAUCACUUGGACGAUAUUUAGAAAUCCCUAGAUAAUAACUUUAACAUCUCAAACGGAUGCUGGGGUUCGCCUGUAAUUGGUGCUGCUUUUAAUUUGAUAAAUCUUAAAUCCACGAUAUGCGUGAGAUACCAGAAUGUUUGAAUCGUCGCUAUAAAGCGCUGGACGAGCUGAUCAAGGAGUUGAGCACAGCCAUGAAUCAGGGAUGCCCGACGGGUAACCCAGCUUGCGGAGCCGACAACAUGGGCAUCAAGCUUAUGUGUGACUUCUGGAAUAUUCUCAAAGACGAUCCAGAAUGUAACCUGAAGCAAGGGGUCCAGCAGUGCAUGGGUGUCGAAACUAAGCACAGUUCCCUAGUAUUCGCACCGAACCGAGUCGACUGCUGCUACUUGUCAAACAAGGAUGAUAAAGGCGGUGACUACAAGAGUUGCGAGGCCAAUAACAGAAUUAAACAUGUAUGUUGCGAUCUUAGAACUGGUAAGAGAAUUUGUGGUGCCAACAAACCCAGCUCCCAAACUCCCAGUGUCGCCAGUGAAAAGAUGCCUCUUAGCAAAGUUCUAUGUAAUCUUAAUGAGGCCGUAUCAUUCGACAAAAAAUGCAACAUAAGAGUGGCUGAGCUGAUGGCAGCCCAGAAGGAACUCACCGAUCAGAUACAGAACUUGGAACACAGAGAGAAGGAGGGUGUGAAGCUUCUGAAGCAAGCUGACUGCAUGUGGUCGUGUAUGGAGGAGACGUAUAAGAAAAAAGUAGCAAAUUCUCUGGAGAGACAAAAGGUGUUACUCAAAGAGCUAAAAGAAGUCGAAACAAGUUCGAAUAAAUGGCGAAAAACCACGAAAGACUUAGAAUUCCAAAUGUCAGGUUUGAAUAAGACAAAAGAAGAAAUUAUAGAGAAGAUACAGCAGAAAAAUAACGACGUGAAAGUUAUAGAUAUCGAGAUAGAAGAUAUUAAGUCUAGAUUACAGAGUCAUGCAGGAGAAUUAGAAGAAGCCAAGAAUUUGUUACAAAAGAAAAGAGACGCUUCAGAUGCAAAAAUGGCAGGUAUUGCCAAAGAAAUGACGAGAAACCAGAAGAUUGUUGAAGAACAGAAUAAAAUAAAAAACGACAAAGUUCAGGAGGGAACAAAAUACGUCAAAGAGGCAAGAGAAGAUUUACAAAAGAUUUGCAGAGUUUUAUUACAGAAGAAACUCGAGAAUGAAGAUCUUUUGGCAGAGAAAGAGGCAUUACUGCAAGAAGCCUCUCUACUUAGAAACACAUGCGAUACUUGCAAAGACAAAUGCAAAUCCAGAGAAGGAUGUCUAGCUGAACAACUAAAAAAACUUGAUGACGAAAUAGCUGAUUACAAGCACAAAUGCACUAAAUGUCACGAAUGUACAGACACAUUCGACGUCAGAAAGUACUGUACUGACUGUCCAAGGUGUCUCGCAGAGAGGGACUGUCUGUACGAAGGUGACCAUUGCAGCCCCGAUCACAACAUGGACUGCGUUUGUAUGGGGGUCAAGCAAAAGUUCUUGGACAACGUAUUUGAUAAUAUGUAUACUGUUUUGGAAAGACAAUCCAAAACAAGUCCUGGUAAAGCCGUAGCCGAUGCUGUAUUAAGCUGCUUGAGAAGGAGCAGAAAUGGAAAACUCAAUGAGGAAACUAGAAAGAUGUUGCAAGAAUUUAUAUUGACUACGGUAAAGAAGAACUUGAAUCUGACUAUAGUUGGAGGGGCUGUGAAGACCAGAUGUGAGAUGGAUCCAGAGACUUAUAAGCAGCUGAUGCUUUGUCUCAAAGACGUUAAUGCCAAUAUUCCACUCAAGGAGGAUAAGGGUACUAUCCCUAAGAAGGAGGCAUGUCAUCGCUGGGGCGGCCAUAGCGAAUGCAACUGCCCCAAGGGUCCAAAGGAGUGUAUCUGCACUAAGAAAGCCCCACCACCGCCAAACGACCCUACUCCUUGUCCGACUCAGGAUAAAGAUGAUAAGGGCCAAGCUAAAGCAUGUCCUUACAAGAAGAACGCUAGCUGCGGGCCGGAGUGCAGCAUGCAGAGCUCGCAGCCGGACGCGGUGGGCACGGAGGCGGCGGCGCGGCGCGCGGGCGCGUGCGCGGGCGGCGCCUGCGCGCUGUCCGGCAACAUGCGCGCCGCGCAGUGCGUGCUCGGGCCCGAGCCGCUCGCGCAGCUGCCGCGCGCGCGGCCCACGCCGCCCGUCAUACCCAACACCAUCGAUAUCGAGAAGCUGACAUCAACAUGCUCCUGCGGAGAUAAGAUGACGAAACCAUGUUCGUGUCGAGAUACAAAACAUCUGAAAGCAGGAGUCAAGGAUAAAUACGAUAAAAGUACUGGUCCUAUGGUUUGGGAAGAAUCAAUCGAUAAAAACCGAUUAGAUUUACCCCUGAAAGGCCAACUGAAUAACGGAGCAAAAGUUGGAUCUGGACCGAAUGUUCCAAAAGAUGCUUUGUCUGAAUUUAAAGAUAAAAAUAAACAACAAAGUCCAGUUAAAACUAAGGAGCAAUUCAAAAUAGAAAUUCAAAAUCAGAAUGGUGAGAUAAGUGACCAAUUAACGGAACUAACAGAAACUGAUUCGGGUACUUUAGCAAUGGAAUUAGAAGAACACAUUGUUGAACUCAUAGAAGAACAAAGUAAAACAAAACCAUACUUAUACGUGUCUGUGAAGACUACUGACUCGGGACAUAUGCUAGUAGGUUUUGAUACAGAAAAUAAAUCCGUACCUACGUCUCAACGAGUAACCGUUAGGCGGACACCGUCAGGUACAAAAUUGAUCGAUAUACACAAAGAUAUUAUUAAAAAACUAAAAAAAGAUGGAUCAAAUGAAACGCACGACUCCAAAUUGCCUAAAAGUCUGAAGUUGCCUGAAGGUCCCAAGGAAAAUGGCAGUCCAAGUCGUAAACAAGAAAAAAAAGCAAAAAUUACGGCUGAUAAAGAAGAUACUCCCUCAAAAGAUAGCAAAGAAAUUUCAGUAUCGACUUUGAGUUGGAAAUCAGGCGUUUCGCCCAGUGAGAAAUAUUCACCAACAAGUAGCAAUAAAAUAUCACCAGCAGGCUCAUCCCUUAAAAAAUUGUCAGUUCCCGAUGGUGAAAAACCCAAAAAAAUGACGCAAAUAAGAGAAGAUAAAAAUCCUCCUUUACCUAUAAUAAUCACAGAAACAUCCUCACUAAAAGAAUUUGUUUAUGGAGAAUGUGAUUGUCCUCCAAGUCCAACCAUAUCGUUCAAUUGGACGCCAAAAGUUUUCGUUAAAAAACAACCUCGCACACAAACAGACACCUCUAAAAUAAAGAAUAUUCGAGAAAAACCAAUAAAAGUAAAAUCAGAACCAGGUAAGGUGAAACCAUCUAAGAAUAAGCAGUUGGGAGAAUAUGACUGUGCUUGUCCGAGAGACGUUCCACCUCUUUGUUGCACUAAAACCGAUACAAGUAAAAAGGAACCACAACAACCAAUAGAGAAAACUGUACAGAUCAUCGAAAAUCAUUUAGAUGCAAUCAAACCAGAAUGUCAAUGCAUACUAAAUUCCCCAACUUCUAGUUACAUUUCAGCAACUUCAAAGAGUUAUUUGUCAUUAGCUGAUACUGAUUAUACACCUGAACUAAACGAACUGUAUAAACAGGGCAACGUAAACGUCAAUUUGAAAGUUCGAACUAGAAAUGGAAAUGUACGUAAGUUAGACGCAGCUAUUAAACAUACUCCAUCAGGUACAUUAGCUAUUUACGGUAAAGAUACGGCCGUUAUGGAAAAUAUUACUGUUGAUAAAAAUGAAUAUACAGUACUUCUAACGAAGACGGUAUCGGAUGCCUAUUUCGUAGGCAUUGGCCAGUACGACCGAACGCUCAAUGCAGUUCUUCGAAAAACACCAUCUGGAGGAUUAUUUAUAAUUCCGAAAUCUAAAUCACAACAAAUGGAAUCACGUAAUCGAUCUGGAUAUGAAGAUUUUUUUAAAAUUAAAGUUACCGGCGUCAGAAAUUAUCCCGUUGAACUUCCAGCUGUGUUGAAAACAACACCAUCUGAGAAUUAUAUCAUAUUGUUAGACAAAGAAUUUGAAAAACGUUAUAAAGAAACUGUUAAAGAAUAUGUAGGGGAAAAACGUGAAUGUAUUAUUGAUUUAACUAGAUCUCCUUCAGGAAGUUAUGUGAUACAUUUGGACACUAAUGAUAUAAAUAAUCUUACAAAGAAAAAUGCUUUGCUAGUUAAAUCUUCAUCAGGCAAUAUAAAAGUACUCGUUCGUGGGCCUGAAUUCGAGACUAUGGUAAAAUCUGUUUCAAAAAGAAGUUCAACGACUUCAUCACAGGCUUUUGGAAAAUUAGUAAGUAAAUUACCGGCAUCGAGUAGAGAAUUUCACAGAGAACGUCUAAGAAAAUCUAAAUACCUUGAUAAAAAAUCAAGUAGUGAUACUCAACUGUAUAAUAAAGUAAGAAUGCAACUUAAAGAUAAAAAGUGCCUGCUUUCCGAACCUUCGGCUGUUCUUAAAAAGACUGCUUCUGGUCAAUAUGCAAUAAUUUUAAACAAGGAAUCAAAAAAAUCUUUUAUAAACAAUUUACAGAGUUAUUUAAAUUCUAACUCUCAAGGACUUAUACCAAUAAAGCGUACAGAGUCAGGCGAAAUAAUUAUACUUUUAAAUAGUAGGGAUGAGUCAAAAAGACGUUACGGCUCAUUAAGGAUAACAGCAUCAGGAAAUAUAUUUGUCAUGGUUGAUGAAGCAACAUUGAAAGGAAUAACUAAAGCUGCUGGAACAAAUGAAAAAUCUGGCGUGGUUGUAGCGAGUUCCAUGGUCACAGAUCUAGUCAAUCCCAAUUCUGUUAACAAAUCAGUCACAACAACAUGCCAUGAUGGACAGGAUAAAUGCUUAUGUGAUACAUCCAAAUGCGUUUGUGCCGAGAUGCAACCUCAUGCAGUGGAAUGGUUACAUAACGACUCAGCGAAAAAAAUGUGUUCUGCUUUCUGGAAUAAGGCAGCCGAGGAUGUUAACAGUGGUGCUGACAAUUAUUGUGCUAUUGCGAAUGGGGGCGUACCAAAAGAAAAGUCUCCUCACAUUGUUAUAAAACCUGGAUGCGACUGUGCUCCCGUAAAAUCAAAAAAGUUUGGAGCAUAUGAGGAGCAAUGCUUUUAUGUAUUUGACACUAUUUGUCCGUAUCAUAAGGAUAGGUAUAACGGUGUGUCAAACGAACUGUUGGAAAUAACUGGAUUGUGUAACCAAAAGCAGGAAGAGCUGAAUAAAACAAAAUUUGAAUUUAUAGCUAAUAAUGACUCACCCAAAAGCAGCCACGGUUCUUGGAAUUCUUUAAAUUAUCUACCGCCCCAACUGCCACCGUUUUUAAAAGAUGUUAACUAUCGAUAGUUGGUUAUAUUGUUUCUUUUCUGCAGGUCUAUGAUCAUUAAGCUCGUACAAAAAUAGCAAAUUUACAAACUGUUCAAUAUAAAAUUGAAACAUUCCUUUGAUAUCACAUACAUCUCAGUUAAAAGGGAAAUAUUGAUAUACGCAGCAUGUUGUGGUCCUAUUUUAUUUCCCAACUUCACAUGAUGUAUGAUCGCAUACGUUUUGUUGAGGAGGUUGUUAUAGUCAUAUUUUGAAAUGUCGUACUAAAACUCACGAUUGAUGAUCAAAGUUCCAUUACAAUAGCAAUUUAUCAGAUGCUUGUGUAUCUACAAAUAUUAUGUUUGAUCGUGUUUUGUUUGAACACGAAAAAUUAAUGUUGACUAUUCGUGAAUACAGGAAACACAAUGAUUUUUUAAAGUAAUUUAUGUAUGAUUAAAACGGUUAAAAAUAUAAUAAUGUUUUUAUUUCAUGGAA